UUUGUUCAGUAUGAGACAGAUCAGAAUGUUGCACAGAAGCUCAAUGCCACCAGGUCAACAAAAAUGGACAGAUUCCUUCCAUUAUAUCCUUGCUAACAAGUCAAGUUCAAGGGAGAAAAGGAUGUAUAUGCCCUAACCCCUUCUAUCAAGAAAUCUGCGCUAGGGAUUUGACGCACUUGCUUAGCAUGUCCGAGAACCUGGAUUCAAAUCCCAACACGCACACACACACAUGAACCCUCAAUCUAGUAUAGGAGUAUUCCAAGAUGUGCAUGUUAUGAUUUUUGUUGGCUUUGGCUUCCUUAUGACCUUCCUGAAAAGCUAUGGUUUCAGUGCUGUGGGGAUCAACCUACUCAUUGCUGCUCUGGGCCUCCAAUGGAGCACUAUCGCACAGGGGCUCCUGCACAGCCACGGACAGAAAUUUCACAUUGGAAUCAAAAACAUGAUAAAUGCAGACUUCAGUACAGCCACAGUCCUGAUUUCUUUUGGAGCAGUCUUGGGAAAAACGACUCCCAUCCAAAUGUUGAUUAUGACAAUUAUAGAAAUUGUUUUCUUUGCUGGCAAUGAAUAUCUGGUUGGUGAGAUAUUCCAGGCCUCUGAUAUUGGAGCAUCAAUGACAAUUCAUGCCUUUGGAGCCUACUUUGGUUUGGCUGUAGCAGGUAUCUUAUAUCGAUCUGGCCUGAAAAAUGGGCAUGAAAAAGAAGACUCUGUGUACUACUCAGACUUGUUUGCCAUGAUUGGCACUCUUUUUCUAUGGAUAUUUUGGCCCAGCUUUAACGCAGCCAUUGCUGAACCUGGAGAUGAACAGUACAGGGCCAUUGUCAACACUUACUUCUCUCUUGCUGCCUGUGUGAUCACAGCCUAUGCAUUAUCCAGCCUUGUCCAGCACCGAGGCAAACUCGAUAUGGUUCACAUUCAGAAUGCCACCCUGGCAGGGGGCGUCGCAGUGGGCACUUGUGCCAACAUGGAUAUCCACCUGUUCACUUCCAUGAUCAUUGGGAGUGUGGCAGGAAUUGUCUCUGUGCUGGGAUACAAGAUCCUGACUCCAUUUUUUGCUACUAAGUUGAUGAUCCAAGAUACUUGUGGGGUUCACAAUCUGCAUGGCCUGCCGGGUGUCAUCGGAGGCCUUGCAAGCAUCGCAGCCAUAGCCAUGGGAGUGCCUAGCACGUCUUCCGUGGCCAUGCAGGCAGCUGCGCUGGGUUCUUCCAUUGGAACAGCAGUUCUUGGAGGUCUGAUUACAGGUUUAAUUUUACGGAUACCUAUCUGGGAGCAGCUACCUGAUGAGUACUGCUAUGAUGAUUCUGUUUAUUGGAAGGUUCCUGAAUACAGAGAAUAUGACAAUCGCUUUCUUCUGUACGGAUACCACAAACAGCUGGAACCUGAAAUCUAAAUACCAUUGCUGCACCCCAGCUUCCUUCCCAUUACCAAGAAUCAAAUUUAAAUAAACAAAAAGGCACAUCCAGAAAUAUGGACCAACAUGUUAGAUGUUAGGUCCCAAAUUACUAGUGUAAAAAUAUCUUUAUAUUUGGUGCCAUUUCUCAAUAUUUGAAUGAUUGUCUAAUUGAAGUAGUGUGACUCAUAAAAUACAUGGUCUGAUGGGUUCUCUCCAGCACUCCAAAAUGAUUUUGAUGUAGGCUUUUGAAUUUUUUCCCAAUGAAAUAUGUUUACACAGAAAUCAGUGCUUCCUACUUAUGUCAAUUUCUUAAUGUAUAUACCAUGCCUUUAAUCCCAAAGACAAUUGAAGCAAUGAAACAAUACAUGUAAGAAAUCUAUAUAAGAAAAAUGAUAGAGAUGCAUAUAUAUUAUUGUCUUGGUUGACUAGUCAAGUCAGUAAUAUUAUGUCUUAUUCUAA